CGCAGGGCCUCCCGCUGCGGGCGGGCCCGCCUCCCCUCUCAGUGUCUCCGGGGGCCCAGCCGUUGGGACCUCCUAUACCCCGGGUCUGGUGUUCGGGGUGAUCCCGGUCUGCCCAGUUUCAGCUCCACUUUCUCACCUCCACCCAUCCUGAGACCUGACCCCUUUUGGAAGUUUAAAGUGAACUUACUGUAGGCUCUCAUGUGUGAAUAUAAGUAUAGUGCAUCAGUACUGUAAAGACCUCACCAACUAGAAGUUACAGUUUUCACCAUCAGCUUACCUUAUCCCUUUUGGUCUGGUUCUUUUCCUCAAGGAGUGGAAACUUCUUUCCUUCAAGUUGCUUUAGUUGCAGAGUUAAGCAAAUGGCCAAUAGUGGGUUUGGUAAACAAUGCGCAAAAUGCUCCAACUGUUCAUCUACUUCUAAGCAAGAUGUACUGUAUGUAUGUGCCUGUAGAAGAAGGCUUUCUCCAAUCUCUGUGGUGGAAAUGUCCCAAGAAUCAAGCAUGGGCAGCUCAGAAUAUGAAGUUUCAGCAGACAGAAAAAAAGAAAACCAACCCAUCACAGAUAGUGCCUCUGGGAAAGUUAUGCCCUCGAAAACCUCCAAUGUGGAGAGAAAAACGUCUCAACAACAAUGGAGUCGGGGAAACAUUACAGAAGGAAAAGUUCCUCACAUAAGGAUGGACAAUGGAGCUGCUAUUCAGGAAAUCUAUACCUUUGGAAGAAUAUUGGGACAAGGGAGCUUUGGAAUGGUCUUUGAAGCUACAGACAAGGAAACAGAAACUAAGUGGGCAAUUAAAAAAGUGAACAAAGACAAGGCUGGAAGCUCUGCUGUGAAGCUACUUGAACGGGAGGUGAAUAUCCUGAAAAGUGUGAAACACGAACAUAUCAUACAUCUGGAACAAGUGUUUGAGACGCCUAAGAAAAUGUACCUGGUGAUGGAGCUUUGUGAGGAUGGAGAACUCAAAGAAAUUCUGGAUAGGAAAGGGCAUUUCUCAGAGAAUGAGACAAGGUGGAUCAUUCAAAGUCUUGCAUCAGCUAUAGCAUAUCUUCACAAUAAGGAUAUAGUACACAGAGAUCUAAAACUGGAAAACAUAAUGGUCAAAAGCAGCUUUACUGAUGAUAACAAUGAAAUGAACUUAAAUAUAAAGGUGACUGAUUUUGGCUUAGCUGUGAAGAAGCAGGGUAGGAGUGAAGCCAUGCUGCAGACCACAUGUGGGACUCCUAUCUAUAUGGCCCCUGAAGUUAUCAAUGCCCACGACUAUAGCCAGCAGUGUGACAUUUGGAGCAUAGGUGUCAUAAUGUACAUUCUAUUAUGUGGAGAACCACCCUUUUUGGCAAGCUCAGAAGAGAAGCUAUUUGAGCUAAUAAGAAAGGGAGAACUACAUUUUGAAGAUCCAAUCUGGGAUUCCAUAAGUGAUUGCGCUAAAAGUGUGUUGAAACAACUUAUGAAAGUAGACCCUGCUCACAGAAUCACAGCUAAGGAACUUCUAGAUAACCAGUGGAUAACAGGCAACACACUUUCUUCAGCAAGACCAACCAAUGUGUUAGAAAUGAUGAAACAAUGGAAAAAUAACCCAGAAAGUGAUGAGGAAGACACAACACAUCCAGAGAAAAACUGGUCCAUUCAAGAAAAGUUGAAAGGUUACCAACCGAGCAGACCCAGCGGAAAUGUCCAGAACACCAGUAGCACUUCAGAUGAAGAGGAGGAAAAACAGUCCACUGCUUAUGCAAAGAAAUUUCCUGUGGCCAGUAAGAAGGAAAACGCGGACAACUCGGACUCGAAGCAUGCAAGUUCUGCAGGCAGCAGAAACUUUCCAGCCGGACUCAAGGGAGAACCAGAGAAAUCCCCCAUGACGUCAAGCCAAGGACCGGCAACCAAAUACAUUGCUAAAUCCAAUGCCGUGCCUAGAACCAAAAAGAAACUCUAAGGUUCCCUUCACAGCUUCUGUUUUCCUCGUCACACCGACCGACAGCACCCGGAUCAAGGAGCACAGACUGUCUCCAGAGGUUCGAAGCCCCUGUCCGGUGCAGGACGAGGGAGACCCCUGCUCUGGAAAGAAGCCCAGCAGCCAAGGAUGGCGCUUCCUGACCCGGCUGCCAUCUCUCAGUCUGCUGCCUGCCGCUCGGGCCCAGGAGAGAAGCGGUUCUUAUCCUGGGUGCUGCUCUGGAGCUUUGGAAGAAAGGCUACUAGUGGGAAAGCCCCCAAAGCCCACAGACGUGGGUGAUUUUUCACAAGAGUGUCUUCCCUCCAGAUGAGUUCCCUGGUUGUGGCCUGACCCCCUUCCCCCAGUCAGUGUGAACUUAGUCACGGGACCUUGGAGCCUCAGCCACUGGGGCGUCGUCCUGGCCCCAUCCCCUGAAGUGGAAUCUUGGCAGGACGUCUUGCCUCCGGUGCACUUUUCUUGCCUGGAGGGCAACAACAGUCCGGCCAUGCUGACGUCUCCUUUUGCCUCCAGGUGACCAGCACCACACUCUACCACGAGGACUGGGAGCUGCACAAAGAAUGUCCCCUAAGUAGAAUCAGAUUGAGAGACUCAGUUGUUCAUUCAAAAAAUAUUUACUGACCAUCUGCUAUUGCCGGGCACAGUGAUAGGCAAUGGGCAUAAGAUGAGGUAAGAGAGAGUCAAGGUCAUUGCCCUUGAGGAGGUUGCAGUCUUGGUGCGGGGCAGAUGUUGGAGAUCUUUACAAAUAUGUAAAAUACCUGUGUACUGUGAUGAGCACAAGGUAGGAAGUAAAGAGUGCCAUAAUAGAGAACGACAGGAUAGGAGCCUUUCUAAAGAAGCUUGAAGGCUAAAGGGAGGAAUGCUCUAGGCAGAGGGGCCUGGGACAGAGCUGGGUGGACUCCAGGACCUCGACCAAAA